CCGCCCCGCCCGCGACCCACUGUCGCGCGGCUCAGCCAGCCGCAUUACCGCCGCCGACCAGACGUGUCGCACUCUCCCGCCAGCCAGCAUGCAGGACGCGACCGACCCGCGCGGGGGCGCCAUCGCCUUCGCACUCAUCUACUUCACAUUCUUCCUCGACAACGUACUCCUCACUGUUCUAGUGCCCAUCAUCCCGGACUGGGUGCGCGGCGAGUCGCUGGCGCUGUGGCGGGGGCAGGGCGCGCCGCUGGCGAGCGUGCUCAACCACACGGUGGCGGCGGCGGAGGGCGAGGCGGGCGGCGCGCAGGCGCUGCUGGGCGCGGUGCUGGGCGCCAAGGCGGCGGCACAGCUGCUGACGGCGCCGCUGGCGGGCGCGGCGGUGUGCCGGCGUGGCGCGGCGCCCGUGCUGCGCGCGGGCACGGCGGCGCUGGCGGCGGCGGCGGGUGUGUUCGCAGGCGUGUCGGGGCGGCGCGGCUGGCGCGCGGCGCUGGCGGUGGCGCUGGGCCGCGCGGCGCACGGCGCGGGCGCGGCGCUGGCGGGCGUGGCGGGGCUGGCGCUGGCGGCGCGCGCGCUGCCGCUGCACCAGCGCGACCGCGCCAUCGGGGCGCUGCUCGGCGCCGUCGCGCUCGGCGUGCUGGUGGGGUACGCGUGCGGCGGUGCGGCGGCGGCGCUGUGGAGCCGCGCCGCGCCCUUCACGCUGCUGGCGGGCGCGCUGCUCGCCAACCUCGGUGCUGGUGUGCAGGCGUGCGCGGGCGGCGGCAGCGUGUCGUGGCGCGGCGUGGCGGCGCUGGCGCGGCGCGGCGCGGCGGGCGCGUGCGCGGGCGCGGUGCUGCUCACCACGUGCGUCAUGGCGGCGCUGGAGCCCUGCCUGCCGCUGUGGCUGGAGCACAAGUUCCACCCGCAGCGCUGGGUGGCGGGCGCGGUGUUCGUGCCCGACAGCGCCGGCUACCUGCUGGCCGCCAGCCUGCUGGGCGGCGCGGCGCGGCGGCUGGGCGCCGAGCGCGUGGCGCUGGCGGGCCAGCUGGCGGUGGCUCUGGCAGCGCUGGCCGUGCCUCACGCCACCUCCGUGCGCGCGCUGGCGCUGCCGCACGUGGCGCUGGGCGCGGGGCUGGGCGCGGCGGACGCGGCGCUGGUGCCGGCGCUGCUGGCGCGGCACAGUCGGCGCGCGCCGCACGCCGCCGCGCUGCUGCAGGCGGCCGCCAGCGCCGCGUACGCGCUGGGCCCGCUGCUGGGCGGCGCGGCGGCGUGGUGCGUGGGCUUCGAGGCCGCCAUGCGCGCGCUGGGCGUGCUCAACCUGCUGUACGUGUGCGCGCUGUACCGCGCGCUGCGCCGACACCCGCUCUCGCACCAGGGCCGGGGCCGGGCGCCUACCAGCUGCCCACAACGGUGGGCUUCACGCAGCACGACCCGUCGCGCUACCGCAACCCCAUGUACUCGUUCGGCACCAACGCGGGGUACCGGCUGCGCGGCCUGGGCCCCGGGCCGGCCUACCGCAUCGAGCGCGUGACGCGCGACGGGCUCAUGUCGUCGCCGGCGUGGAGCUUCGGCGCGCGCUUCGCCACGCGCUCCACGCUGCGCACGCCGGGGCCCGGCGCCCACGCGCCCGAGCGCU